AUGGAUAACUCAAGACCACCUUCGCCUGAAGCCCCGCCACAAGAUCUAUGGUCGUCCAUCCUCGACUCUGUCUCGACCUCACGCUCCAUACCAGCCAAGCAAAUUGUAGUGCUAGGCCAGCCGUCUUCAGGAAAAUCAACUCUCGUGUCCGCGUUACUUCAGAAAUUUCCCGCCGACCAUGACAAGGAGGAACAACGAUCAAACUUCGCACUAGGCUACGACUGGGCGGACGUUCGAGACGAUGCCGACGAAGAUAUACUUGCCCGUCUUUCAGUCUAUACAGUGCCAUCUUCCGCGUCGUCAUACACUUCACUACUGCCACAUUUUACACCUCCACGAGCGUCGUUGUCGCACACUCUCAUAAUUAUUGUUCUGGAUUGGACAAAACCAUGGACAUUCGUGGAAGAGCUUGAAAUAUGGUUGGAGUGGGUAGAGAGCUGGGCAAAAGGUGAUGGUUCAAGAGAGCUUGACAUUCAAUUAUUUCCAGUACAGGCGCACUUGCAGCAUUAUAUCGAACCUACUGCGGACCCGUUACCGGCAACUUCCUCCUUGAACGGUACCGUAUUGCCUCUAGGACCGGGUACGUUUACUCACAAUACAGCGGGCGUGCCUAUCAUCGUCGCGUGCACAAAGGCCGACCUUAUAGAUGAGAACAAUGACGUCCUAGGAGCUGGAACAUCUGGGAUGGGCGGCAUGGUCAAGGGCAAAGGUGAUGAGUGGGAGGAGCGGACGGACGGUGUGAUGCAGGUCCUACGGACAGUGUGUUUGAAGUACGGCGCUGGGCUUUUCUACACAACGCCUCAGCCAGAUACCUUACAGAUCCUGCGGCAAUACGCCCUUCACCUUAUGUUCGCACCUCCCGCGCCAUCUCCGGGCUUCUCUUCAGGCUCAGAUGUGCCCGGUCUAGCCAGAAAUCCUUUCCUAUUCCAACAUAAACCAAAUACUCUGGAUCGGGAUAGAAUUGUUGUACCGGCAGGAUGGGAUAGUUGGGGAAAGAUAAGCGUUCUGAGGGAUGGAUUUGACGCUAAGUUGUGGGGUGAUGCAUGGGAGCGGGACAUCGAUGGUGCAGAAGGUGAGACGGAACCAGGAGCGAAGAAGAUGUAUAGCGUCCUCGUACCCGAUCAGGGUGCUAAACCAGCGCCACUGCCUCCCUUCAAUAGUCCCACACCAGAGCAGGUUUUCUUGGCGAAGAAUUUCGACGAGAAUUCCAAGAAGCCAGACAGAGAUCCUCGCGGGGCUUUCAGAAAUCCGAACGAGAACGUCGCCGCUGGAAUCGUUGGGCCUAUGGGCCCCAGCAUUUCCAGUCUGCCGAAUGUUGAGCGAGCACUCACGGAAAUGGAAGGGGUAACUAGCUCGAACGCUGGUGGUGACUCAUCACGCAAAGUACUCAGUCGUUCUACGGGUCGUCCGCCAACCUCAACUCUUGCUGUGCCAUUAGCUGCUUCAAAUUCUCGAUCUCCUGCACCAUCCCCUACUCUAUCUCUCUCAGGCUCACCGAACACGCCAGGCGGUCAAACACAGCACGAGGUGUUGCAAAGCUUCUUCGAAAGGCUACUUAGUAGCAAUAAAGAUAGGACGGGCGCCAGCGCGAACGCUGCGUCUGGACGAACGACUUCCCCGUCGAAGGUAAACGGGAAUGCGAGUGGGACAGAUGAGGGAACAUAA